AUGGCACUGGCGUCUCUGCUGUGGAGGAAAGAUACUCAAUGUCAGGCAUUUGUGAAGAAAGUCAUAAUGAGUCCUCUAUUUAAGAUAAUUAUGAUUAGCACCAUCUCAAUGAAUGCUUUCUUGUUGGUCUUGUGGACUGAUUAUGAAACAAGAUACAACUUGUUCAAAUUUGGUGAGAUCUCAGAGAUCAUCUUUGUGUCCAUCUAUAGUGCUGAGUUCUACAUGAAGGUCUACGUGGACCCCAUCAACUACUGGAAGGAUGGCUACAACCUGCUAGAUGUGAUGAUGAUUGUCAAUCUCUCAAUCCCCUACGCUCUCCGCAAGAUCAAGGGCAAGCACUACCCCUACCUCAACAUAGCUGAUGGCAUGCAGUCCCUGCGCAUCCUCAAGCUCAUUACCUAUAGCCGUGGCAUCCGGACGCUCAUCACCGCCAUUGGGCAGACAGCCUACACUGUGGCCUCCGUGCUCACCCUGCUCUUCAUCCUGAUGUACAUCUUCGCUGUCCUGGGCUUCUGCCUGUUCGGAGGUCCAGAUGGCGGCAACCUGAAUAACUGGGGGAACCUGGCUCAGGCCUUCUUCACCCUCUUCAGCCUGGCGACGGUCGAUGGCUGGACAGACCUGCAGGGGAAGCUGGACGACCAGAAUUUUGCUCUGAGCCGAGCAUUCUCCAUCACCUUCAUCUUGUUUGCCUCCUUCAUCUUCCUCAGCAUGUUUGUGGGGGUGAUGAUCAUCCACACUGAGGACUCCAUCAAGAAGUUUGAGCGGGAGCUGAUGCUGGAGAGGCACAUGACGCUCCUGAAAGAGAAGCAGGUGAUCAUGAAGCGGCAGCAAGAGGAGGUCAGCAGGCUGAUGCAGACACAGAAAAAUGUUGACUACAGAAGUUUCACUGAGCUGGUGGAGAACUUCAAGAGGACCCUGCGGCACACUGACCCCAUGGUCUUGGAUGAUUUUGGCACCAGCCUACCCUUCAUCGACGUCUACUUGUCCACUCUGGACAACCAGGACACUACGAUCCACAAGCUUCAGGAGCUGUACUACGAGAUUGUGCACGUGCUGGGCCUGAUGCUUGAAGACUUGCCCAAGAAGAGGCAGUCCCACUUCUCAGUAAAGGUGGAUGACGAGCUCCGAGGCGUGGGGAGCCUCGAGGCUGUGAGGCCCGAGUAA